UAGCCAAAGAAAACAAACUGGGAGAGGCAUUAAAAGCUGUUGAAGAUUCGAGGAAAUUUUAAGUACAGCAAUGAGUGAUGGGUCGGACUCGGACUCGGAGAUGAAUCAAUGACUCCUAGAACCAACACUUAAUCACCACAAUGACGGGCCUUGCUCAACAAGCCGAUAAUUCGUUCCCUGCCGCCGCUUACGGUACCUACAAAGUUGGACGUAGUAGUGGAGAUUCAACGGACCCAGUAGCUGUCGAGAGUGCCAUAAAGGCAGCUUUAGAUGCUGGAUAUCGUUGUUUUGAUUGUGCCCAGUUCUAUGAAAACGAAAAGGAGAUUGGCGAAGUGCUGUGGAAACACGCCAAUCGAGAAGAGAUUUAUGUGAUUAGCAAGGUACUAUUACUAUGAGCUUUUUCUAAACGAGAAGAGAUGUAUGCGAUCAGCAAGGUACUUCUGUCAUUUUGAUUUCUUUGCCUUUGUUUCUGCAUUGUUCACCAAUAAAUAUAGUUUUAACUACUUGAUUCGACUUGAAAUUGAAUUACACAGCAGACUGACUCUAUCAGAUUGCGACCAAAAAAGGUGUGGACUACCACGGUCUACGAGGGACCGGAAGCAGUUUUGAAGCAGCUUGAGCAGUCUUUAAAGGACUUGCAGAUAGGCUACGUAGAUCUAUACCUGAUCCAUUGGCCAGUACCAGGAAAACACGUCGAAGCGUAUAAAGCGCUUCAAGGUUUUUUAUGGCAACUGAACUGGAUCUUUGUGAUAUGUUUUUUUUGAGUGCAUAGGUUUUUUUUGACUUUGAGAGCAAGACGCGUUGUAAAAUUAACCUUUAUGUUUUUCCUCUAAUCCUCGUCGGCCCUGACAAGAAAAUUCGGCGCUUAGGGCUCUCGAAUUACACGGUCCUCGACUACCAGGAGUUGAUGAGCGCAGAGGGAAUUACCGUAACGCCGUACAGCAACCAGUUCGAAGUGAAUCCGUGGCUAUAUAGGAAAAAGACUAUUUUUAUGAAAAACAAGUAAAUUGAAAGUAAAAGUAAUGGUUGUUCUUGUUCGGGAGGUGAUACGUAUUCUUAUGUUAGACAUUCAUGGUCAUUUCUGUUUUGCUCGCUCCUGAAUACGUCAUGAUCAAGGUAAACUCCCAAGUCGUAAUGAUCCUCGCCCCUCUCCUCCCUUCAUCGUCUCCUUUUUCCAGCAAGCUGGUCUGAAGUUGCAAGCAUAUCGACCAUUCGCCGAUGGACGUCUGCUACGCGAAGAGAAUGCACCUGAGGAGAUCAAGAAAAUAGUCGCUGCUCAUCCUGGCAAAACGACAGCACAGGUCCUUCUGCGAUGGGGCGUGCAGAAAGGAUGGCAGGUUCUCCCGAAAAGUUCCACACCAUCGAGGAUAGCAGAAAACGUGAAAAUUUUCGAUUUUGAUUUGUCCGAGGAAGAAAUAGCUAUACUGGAUGGUCUGGGAAAGCAAGAGGAGUAUGAAACAGCCUUUAAAAAGAACUAUGAAAAAUGUAUUGUAAGAGACACGCCUGUAGCAGGAAGUAUGACAGGUAAAGUACCAAGAUGGUUUGAUGAAGAAGACUGACUAUGACUUCUAUUACAAGGAAGUCUAAGCGAAAAAGGGACGUGUCUAGGUUAUUGACUUCUGCGGUUACUAAGAAGAGACAGGCUAAAAGAAGCUGCGAAGCUGCUAUCUGUGUACCAGGUGGAUGUCAAUGAGUCGACG